AUGGGGAUGGGGAUGGGGCUGUGGCGGGUGGGUGCGGGCGGCCUCCUGCUGCUGCUGCUGCCGCUGCUGAGCGUGGCGCUGGCGGCGGGGGGGCGGCGGCUGGUGGGGGCCCCCGUCGAGGCCUCCCUGGAGGAGGCGGAGGUGCAGCGGGCGCUGCGCUUCGCCGUGGACCGCUACAACCGCGGCAGCAACGACGCCUUCCGCAGCCGCGUGGCCGAGGUGGUCAGCGUCCACAAGCAGAUUGUUGCUGGGGUCAAAUAUAUUUUCAACGUUAAAGUCGGGCGAACGAGUUGCAGAAAUUCCGAAGCGGUUGUUGAAAACUGUGAGUUCUUGGAGCCAAGCCAGGUAUGUCAAGCAGUUUGCACCUUUGAGGUGUACAGUAUUCCUUGGCUCAACAGUAUCCAGCUGGUGAAAAAUGACUGCCAGUAA